GUCACCAAGGAUUCAGCAGUUCGCGCUGUCACUUCACACCGUGUACGAUCCUUAGCCGUCUUCCGCGAAGUGUCCGCGCUGCCUCCCGUGAUAUAAACCGCCACGGAAAAAGAGAGAAAGAGAGAAUGGGAGAGGAAGAAAGAGAUAUAAUGAGAGAGAAAAAUACAUAUCAAAUAAAAUCACACGGAACUGAAAACCACCUAAGAGAAAAGACACUGGACCAACAACAACAACAACAAGCACUAUUUCCUCGUUCCAGAAUUUUCUCACUUUCUCGUCAUUGUUAUUUUACCAAAAUGAGGGAAUUCUGCUUGCGAAAUCCCAUUCCGUGUGGACUGCUCCUCGCCGCUUUGAUAGUGAUGCUCAACGUACAUAUAGUGAUCAAGGUUUCACCAUCGACACUGGGUCCUUCGGUCCUACACUUGCAAGUUCUUCAAGCACAGAUCACCCCGGAGACUAGCCAAGCGAAAACACAGGCACCCGAUUUGCAACAUGUAUUUUUGCAACGUCAAGCUCGCCUGCAACAAAAGUGUCAUGAGUGGAAAGAUAAGUACGGCUUUUCUGAAACCAACGACCUGCCUGCAACUGCUUGGCUCGACUCCAUAAUCCUGCAAGCUCCUGGUCAUUUGAAGUUGUGCAUUCCACCCAAGGUGGGGUCAUCAUCCUGGCGGAAGUUGAUUGAGCGAUUUAGCAAUGUCAGUCUUGCAACAGUUCAUUCCGUUUCUGCAAUGCAAGUUAGACAUCCGUUGUCCCGUUUGACUUCAGCGUAUAGGGACAAGUACCUGAACGGCGCCCCAAUCAGCGCAUACAACAGCACCUGGCAAGCUCGCACAGGUAGCCGCACCACCUGGGAUUUCAGGUGGUACCACUACUGGCUCCCGACCCUGAUUUCGUCCGGCCGCCUGGAACCUACGCCCCUGUUCUCCAGCAUGCUCAAAAGGCACGCUCUGGCCUUCAGGUUCAUCAGCCGAAACUACCGCAAAGAAGGCGCUGCCCUGGUUCUUCCCGGAGCCGACGCUUCGGGCUUCGACCCCCUCACGUACCACGUCGGAACGCACAUGGUCACGAACGGGAGGCAGGUAGGGCUGGAGGAAGCCGCCAGUGUGGCCUACGGGCACGUGGACGAGGACCUGCGAGCUAUGUACGCCAACGACUCCUUCUCCUUCGAGGAUUUCCUGCGCUUCGUCGUCUGGGAGAAGGACCAAGGCGUCUUAGAUCUGCACUGGACGCCUUACGUCGACAUAUGCUUUCCUUGCCGGGAGAAUUAUGACUAUAUCCUUCACUUGGAAACGGUGUCGGAGGAAGCCAAGGUCCUUCUCCGAGAUAUAGGAUACCCGCAGGAUGCCAAGCUCACGGUCGAGCAUAGGAUAAAAGGGAUUUCUGAAGACCUGAGCGCGUCCGAUGCCAAAUACUUCGAGAAGAUUCCUGCGCAGCUGCUGGGAAAAGAUUGUCAGCAUUUACGAGGCAGAUUUUGAUCUCUUCGGUUAUAAGAAAGAUAUUGUGUAGAUUGCUAUAAUUAGUGUUAAGGAUAU